GCGGUUGAUUAUUUUAAGAGGUAAGACAACUAUAACUUAACAUUUUAUGAUAAGAUAUAAACACAUAGAUCUUGCUUACUUUUGACAGUCCCCUUUUAACGAAAUAAUUUUAGAUAACUCUGAAAACUGCAAAACGUUAAAUCAUUCAGCAAAUGUGACUCAAAAACAAAUAACCCAACAAGAUGUUUUAAGUUUAUGGUUUCGAUGUCGAGCAGAAUUGGUUCGUUGUCAGAUAUAUGAAGUGGAUGGUGGAAGGAUACUUCAAGAACUUCCCGAAACAGAAAAUUAUGAAACACCGAAAGAAAAUGACAAUUUAAAAAUUGCAUUAGAAGAAACAAAAAUAAUGAAAUUGAAAGAAUACUGGAAUGAAUUUACUAUGCUUAACAAUCAACUUUUAUUUAUUAGAAAUAGAUUAGGAAAUCCAAAAACUACGAAUAUUAUGAUGGAGGAAAUUAGUAUAACAAACAAAUGUAAUCAGUUACUUGUUAUUGACAUUCUUCGUGAAAGUGAUUCAGUAGUACAAGAAUCAUUUCAAAAUAUAUUAACAGUAAACGACGAUAGUUUGUUAAUUAAAUUAGAAGAUAGAUUGAAGAUAUUAUUGAAUGUGCAGAACAUACUAAUACAAGAGCUGAACAACUGUGGUGAGGGUAUCAGAAACACUUCAUUAUUUCAAUAUACAAUAGCAGAAAUCAGAUUGCCUCUUCAUAAAAAUUGGAAAAAUUUAAUUCAAAUUGGAUUAAGAGUUUCACUUAUUCUGUUAUCACUUGGUGAUAUCAAGUUCACAAAUUCCUUAAUUCCACAAGCCAAUAAUAUGAGAGAUAAUCAUCCUGAUUGUAUCAGAAUGAUAACACUGUUACAUAUGAGCUCUGGUCAAAUUUAUAAUGAAGCAUUAGGUGUUUUAAUUUUUUCUCAAAAUAUAUUAAAACACCUCCCACCAAAUUGUCCAUGUAUAGAAAGUGAAUUAUUGUUCAUCAAAGGUCAUAUAGAAAUGAGAUUGUUUUUAGAAAAUAAAGUUGAUUGGCAAUUACCUUCUCAAAGCUGGUUACGUUCAAUUUGUAUUUCUGCAUUUGUUACGGGUGAUAAAUUAUUUCAGCACAGAACAGAAAUAAUGUUAGUUUAUUUUUGGCAGUUAGUAUAUAUUCAACGAAAAUGCCAACAGUUAGCGACUAUCAAUGUACAGAACAUUAUGGAUAAUAAAUCUAAACCAUCAGUAUCAAAAAAAGAACUUGAGGCGACAUUAUCAAACGAAAUAGUGGGGAUCAAUGAUUCGUUUGAUAGAUUUUCUCAGUCUGUUAGUUUAUGUAUCUGGAAUAUUUUACUAAUGAUUGAUCAAUUCUUAUCUCAACGCAGACAAUGUUCGUCAUCAACUUCUCUUAAAUCUACUGAUUUUCUGCAUCCAACUGAAUUAAACAAUAGAAAUAAAUCAAUAAUUUCCAAGAUAUCUAAAAGUGAAUCACCCAAACGUACAAAUUCAGCAAUUGAUAAAGCGUUUCAAGGUGAUUCGUCAAUUAUGCAUCAGUUUGACUUAGUAGCAAAAAAGUGUUUAGAUUCCAUUCGGAUAAUUUCACCAGGUGAUGAAGAAUAUGAGUUAAUAAAUUUAAUUCAACAAUCAAAUCAAUUCGAUGGAUUAUUUGAUUAUGUGAAAAAUCAAACUCUUGUCAGGGAAUAUUGGAAUGUUGUAUUCCAUCCUACUUCGAUGGUUUCUGAUGAAAAUCAAUUAUUAACUAAUCAGAAAUAUGAAUGGAAAAAGGUGGAGAAAAUUAAACUAAAUAUGGAUAUACUUAAGUUAUAUGAAUCAGUUUUAUAUGAAAAUGUGUUAAAUGUUAAACAGUUGCUUGAACUAAAUGAACAGAAUAUCAAUGGUCCUAGCGUCAGCAAUUGUCAAGAAAGUCAAAAUGAAGACUGUAUUAGCAAAGUUUCGAUGCAGAAUGUAAUAGUUCCUAUUUCAGCAGUUCCCUACUAUUCACAUGAUGCAGAAUACUGGUUUCAACGAUUUACAUCACUCCAAGUUCACCUGUAUCAACUGAAUGCUUCUAUAGAAACGGAAACGUUCGGCCAUUUAUCUAACAUUAUGAACACUUCAAUUAGUUGGUUUAAUGAUCAUACUUCAGAAAAUGAAAAUUCUAUUCAAUCAUACAUAUCACCAUACAAUUUGAAUUUCGAGCCUAAAUCGCCUAUUAAAAUAAAAAAUGAGACUAGACGUGGGGGAAGUAGUUUAUCAAAGUAUUUAUUAAUGCAAACGAUCAAUAAUUUUGAAAAUGAUAGCGAUUUUCAUAAAUGCCUACUGAUUCUAAUAAGUUGCUAUUCACCAAAGGCAAAAAUUGAAGCACAUGUCUAUCAACAACGUUUGGUUUUAUUCCAUAAUAGUGAUGAAUUUUUUAAAAUGAUAGAUCAAUUCAACAAAAUAGUGAUAAAAUACAGUGCAGCCAAUAUUUUAUCUGAAAGAGAUAAGGCAAAUAUAAAUGUCAAAAGUACCGCAUUGAAAUCAUCAUCUGUUAAGACAAAUGAAAAACCAUUAGAUUCUGAAAAUGUAAAUCAGUCUGAUUUGGAAUUUCAGAGUGAAUUCAAUUUAUGGUUAGAUAGAUUUGAUAAAAUUCUUCGAACUGGUAAAAUUAUGCAUAAUGCUGAUCAAGAUAAAGACGGAUCAACAAAAUUUACAUUUAUGGUUCCUAAUUUGUCUAUACAAAUAAAUCAACCAACUGAUGAAAUUUUUAACAGCCUAAAAGAAAUUAUAUCAUGGAGAUAUUUUGGUGGUUCAAUGAUAAAAGGAAAGUUCAGCGAAUAUAUCACAAAGUUAUAUCGAAUGAUUUGAAUGUGUGUACUUCCAUUCUAUAGAUAACAGUUGAUGUAACUUUUACUAUUUGUACUUUAAAACUUGAAUAUUAUGAAAUUUAUUUGGAACAUACUUUUAGUAUCUUCUUCUGUUUCCAGGAAAGAUUUAAAGUAAAGUGAGCUCUUUGAUCAUUGGUCGUUGUACAUAUUAUAAACCUUGUGUAUUGUAUGUGUUAUACAAGAAUAAUACUACUGAAUCAUGGUGUACAUUAAGUGAUCAAUCAACUCAAGCACUGUAUUAAUAUUAUUAAUACCAAUAUACAUGAUACAAGUCUAAAGAUCUUCAAACAAAUGUUAACUAAA